GCACAAGUUUCACAAAUGAUUGCAAAUUGUUCGCUCAAUUUUCUUAAUUAUAUUUGCGCUGACAAUUGCAGUCGACGAUUAGUGCCUAGUAAUAUCGAUUCGGGAGCUAUAAAAGCUUUGCGUUCUAGCCAGAAGUCGAAAGCAUUGAAUAUGAAUUCAUUUUACGUUGUUUUGCUGUACGUCCUGUGCCUGACUCGAGCCGAACAGGAGGAGCUGAGCGUGCGACGCCUUAUGAAGGAAUUGAAUGUGAUUCCAGAUGUGCUCAAGGAACUGCCGCAAGGACUGCUUAAGAUGCGUUUUGAGAACGGAAUGGAAAUUGAGGAGGGUAAGACGUACACCCCCACUGAAUUGAAAUUCCAGCCCAGGCUCGAGUGGAAUGCCGAUGCGGAAUCCUUUUAUACGAUCAUUAUGCUCAGUCCCGAUGCGCCCAGUCGUGAGUAUCCCAUAUACCGCUCGUGGCUGCACUGGCUGGUGGUCAAUGUGCCCGGCAUGGACGUGGCCAAAGGUCAGGCUAUAUCCGAGUACUUUGGACCAAUGCCGCCCAAGGAUAGCGGCCUCUUACGUUAUGUGGCACUUGUUUAUAAGCAGUCGGGUAAACUGGACUUCGACGAAAAGAAAAUGGAGCUGAAGAACGCCGAGGAUCAUAGCAAUUUUGAUCUUGAAAAAUUUACACAAAAAUACGAUAUGAGCGCUCCAUGUGCAGGCAAUGUAUUUCAGUCCAAGUGGGAUGAAUAUGUGUCGGAAUUGAUGAAAAUGUUGUACGAUGUGAGCGAGUGAGGGCGAAUAGUGUGACACCUGUUAAAACUAUGAAAGUUGUGGUAAUGGGUUCCUAUGCUUAACAUAUUAAUUAUACAUAAAAUAGUUGUUUAAUAAACAUAGUUAGCACAUGUUUA